GAGUCUCCCAAGGCCGAUCUCCCGCAGGUUUUACCGAAGAAACAUCUUACAGAUUUGUUGCAUUUCUGAGAUUAGUAUUUACAGUUUGGACUUGUCAGCUUUCUCAUGAGAUAUAUUUUGGCAGUCCCAAUGGAAGCUUUCUUUGACGUUUUAGAACAAUUAUACAAGAAGGUACUUCUGGGAGCCACACUUGAAAAUGAGAACCAUGAUUACAUCUUUUAUCUCAACCCAGCAUCUUUGGAUCAAGAUUGCUCUACAGCCGCCUCUUCAGAAUGCCCAAACCCCCAUGGAGUCCAGGACAAGCAUCAGCCAUCCUCUGCCAAUUUGGCUACCAUUUCUGCAGUGCCUGUGUGUUUGAAGAAACACUCGCCGAUACGCAGCGCCCGGGAAGUAAUGCUCCUUCAGUUAACAGUAAUCAAAGUGAUGAUAACCAGAAUAUUGUCUGUUGAAACUGACUUCCGUGCGAAGGAGAAAUACAGAGAUACAAUUAAAGUUCUUUUAAAAUCAUCUGACAUCGAUUCUAAAUUAACCUGUAUGUUCCAAAACUCGGAUAAAUUGUUAUCUCACAUGGCUGCAAAGUGCCUUGCACUACUUCUGUAUUUCCAAUUGAGAGAAAAGAUAACACUUAGUAAUUCCUGGAUUGCUUUUUGCCAAAAAAAUCUUUCUGAAUACCCUGAAAAUGAGAAAGCAGUAUACUGCCUCUGGACCCUUACUGUUAUAAUAAAAGAAAUCUUUAAAGAUACAUGUUCACAAAAAACAGAAAUUUUAAAGCAGUUCUUGACUCCUUUUGACACUAUUUUUGAAGUUUUUUACAAUUCGUUAUUUUCUCAGCAUUUUGAAGGCUGCCAAGAUACCUCUAAAAUAAUAAACAGCUUGAUAUGUUUCCUGGAAUUACUUGAACUUCUUAUAGCUUCCAGAAUCCAUCUGAAGCUACAUUUCACUUGCCAGAGGAUUUUAUUUUUGAAACCUUCUUGUGUGCUAGAUGUUAUUACCUGGCCUGUUCAGGCUUUUGUCAAAAGGAAGUUCAUCAUAUUCAUCAAAAAGUGCCUUCUCUGGAAAGUGGGCGAAGACCUUUGUCGGGGAUCUAGCCCUGUCUUAAUGCCACCAGAUGGGCAUUUAGAUGCAGAUAUGUUGGCUUUAGCUGAUGCUGUUUUGCGAGCUGUGGAUUUGGGCUUAUUGAGGACGUUGUCUGUCCAUGGAAAACCUCCCUGCUUUGGUGGAGAUGAAAUUCAACCUACAUGUGAACGUGUCCCUGGUCCAGAUCAUGUUAUUCUCAGAGCAGCAAGCCUACUUAUCAUUAAAUCCGUAGAAAUCAAGGUUCAAAGUUGUGCUUCAGCAGAUGAAAUGAAAGUUGAUUUACAGAGUUUCAUGUGUGAGUUACUGACCUUCUUAAAGCCUCACCUUCAGCCCUCCCUUCAGUCACACAAUCUAUGUGAGUGGAUCUCCAAGGUCUUCAUAGAACAAGACGAUGACAUGCUGGAGGCUGCCAAAGCGUCACUGGGCAUCUACCUAAAGUUGACCAGACAAUGUAAAGCUACUGAAAGCUCGACCCAAGAAAAAGAAAUGUGGAACCAUCACACACAUGAGUAUGGCUAUAAUCCACACUGUAUUUUCUUAUUCUUAUUGAAAAACAUAGGAUUUGAUUCUUCAGUUCUUCUUGACUUUUUGAUUUCAUCGGAAACCUGUUUCCUUGAAUAUUUUGUUAGAUAUUUAAAAUUACUGCAAAAAGACUGGGCUCAUUUUUUCACAAUUUGCAAGUAUUUUGACGUAACCGAAUCUAAAGAUAGCAUAAAUAUUUGUGGUUGUAGCUCCUCACUUGUCCAAGACGGAAGUAGCAACCAAACAGAACUUAGCCCUUCGGCUGCUCCUGGUAGUCCCAGAAGUGCUCAUGCUUCGAUCUCCUGGGCUUCUAAUGUUUCUUCUGGAUCUCUGAGCCAUCUUGUGAUAUCCAAGGAGACCCAUGCCACGCUCCAGGCUGAUAGUCUGCCUCCCCUACGAGCUUCUCAAAGUCUGGUAGAUUAUGACAGCUCUGAUGAUUCUGAAGCAGAAGGCACAGACCAGCACUCAGCAAACAGUAAACAAACAUCUUUACACCAAGAAGCAAUGAAGAAAUCUCAGGACCCAGUUGGAACAGGUACGGAUAAAAAACAACUUCGCCUAGAGCCUCAAUCAAGGCCUCUGGUUCCAAAACAGUCUAAUAGUCCCUUCUCUGUUGAUUGUGAUAGAGUCCCAAAUAAUGUCUCCGAAGUGGGAAUAUCUUACACAACACUGAAGUGCUUUGAAGAGCUACAAGGUGCCAUUUACCGUUUGCAGAAGAAAAAUCUUUUCCCGUAUAAUGCCACGGCACUUUUGAAGUUGUUAAAACAUAUUGAGGCAAUAUAUAACGAGAGUAUGAACGCUUUGUAAAAC